CUCCGCGGUGCUGGCCACCUCGAGUCGCGACGGUUUACCCGCGAGAUGACGUCGUCCUCGUCGUUUUGGUUCCCCGCUUUCUCUUCACACCGUGCGUUCUUCUCCAUAACGGCCCGGAAGCUUCCGCCUGCUUCUUUGUCUCUCCAUCAUGCUAUCAUCACGCCACAGACCUAUCUAUGGACUUGCAUUGCCUCCUUUCACGAUUAUCAGCAUACCUCUUAUUUCCUGUACGAUACACCCCCAUUAUUGUCCUGCCAAUCUCGCUCCGGUGUCGGUGAUUCACCUAUGCUCAUUUACUUGCUUCCAGUUUGGGUCCUGGUCCUAGUGUACGCGUUGCGAGUUAGUCACGGUCCUCGAUGUAAUUGUACCCACACGUUCGCCCUAACAGAAAUGUUGUAACAAA